CCUCUCUUCAAGAAAGCAUCUCCUCUACAUUUUUCAAAAUAAAAAAAGGUUCUCCUCUCCGGCGAUUCGGCGGUCCGUUCCGUUGGUCCAUCAUUUUGCAAACCGUAAUUGGUCACUGCUUCAGUCUAGUUGAUCGUGUAUUUUAUAUACUAGGAAUUUGUUUCAUUUUGUGCGGCGUUGGGGCUUGUGCCUGAAGAGGAAGUAGAAUUAUCUGCCCUAGCUUGGCCGAAUUCUUUGUAAGAUCAAAGGGCUAAGAAGAGCUAAGAUGGGGAGAUGAUAAAUCUACCCCUGCAACACCUUCUCAACUUCGCGAGAGAUAAACUUGUUUAAAGCUUAGCUGUGAUGGAGGCUGACGAGGAAGGCAGUUUAUCUGCGGAAAAUGAGUCAUGGACUGGAGCUCACCAUGCAAAAUUAGAGCCUUCGAAGUCAAAUCCAGAACUGUCCAAAGGAAAGGCCCCCGAAUCUUCUCAUCCAAUUAAAAAGGGUAUCUCAUCUGAACAGGUAUCAUACACAUUCAGUGUAUUACGCCUUGCAAGAGAAGCACUAAAGGUGAUGCGAAAAGCUGAGUUUUUGAUACGGAAGAAGGACUUGUUUCACCUUGUCUUAUCAUACCCUAUCACGGAUUCUUCCAAGUAUUAUGGGGACCUUAGUCUUCAAAACAACUGUUUCUCCAAAAUGAACCAACUCGUCAGAGAAUUGAAGGCUUUGGAAUCAGAGAUCAAUAAUGAAAAAUACUUAGAUGAAUUUGGUGGGUUGGUCAAUAAGGGAGUACACAUGGAGCAAUUAGAUAGGUUGAUGAACGAGAUUGCGCACAAUCUUCGGGCAGCUGAAAAUAUAGUGGCCAAGUAUGAUUUUGAUCUAGUAGCUUAUAUACCUCGAGCAUAUUUUGAACGUUCACAUAAGGGGGGCGAGUUUGGGCUAACUCAUAAAACCAGUGUUGCAUGUGUAGUCCCAGACGAAAUGGUGACUUUGGCCAUCAAUUCUGCUAUUAGGCAGGUUUCGGCAUAUGUUAAGGCAGAAACUUUUCAAAAAAUCGGGAUUUCAGGGAGCGGAGGGGACAAAGUAGCCAGAGCAGUCAUGGAUAUAGCAAGGAUGAGACAGAAUGGCAGUGUUGUCCUCCGCAUCUCUAUCUGUGGACAUGACUGUGACAAAGAGGUAAGGCAGAAAAUCGCGGAGCAGAUUCACGUAAUUCAAAAAAUUGAUCACAUCUUCAGUUUAUCACUAGAUCAGUUACUACCUCACAACUUCUUCCUGCUUGUGGAAUGCCUCGAUGGACAGAUGGAUCUACAUGACUUAAGACUCCCUGAUCAUGGAGUCGUAGUACUUACGACUCAAUCACAAGAGGCUUAUAAGAUCAUGGAUGUGGAUGUGGAGGUCAGAAUGGAGGACCAUCUGUUACCAUGGGACCUAUUCUGUGAAAAUGUGGAGCGAUCACUUGUUGAUUCUUCUUCAGCUCUCCAACGAAUGGCCAUCGAGUUGGUAAAAGAGUGCCAUUGCCACCUACUUGCCGUCAUUCUUCUUGCUAGAGCCUUGAAAGAUGUGACUGAUAUCCGUGUUUUGGAACCUGCGCUUCAGAGAUUAUCAUCACACUUGUUUGCGAUGGAAGAAGGAUCGAGCCAAGUCAUGAAACAUGUGUUGAAACUCAUAUGGGAUCAGAAGGAUCUAACGACAAAAUAUUGCAUUCAGUACUGCACAAGUCGUCGUUGGAAACAGGGACGGGGUUCACCAGUAUCAGAAUGGGUCUCAAGUUACUUAGUCGAAACAACAGAAGAAGGGGAAGGUAUUUUGAAGGAUCUUAUCGGUUCCUUCUUGCUAGAGAAAUUCGGCCCCCGGUUUUUUAUGCGGAAAGAAACUAAAGUUGUGCUGAAUGAGUAUUUUACAUCCUAUCUGCCUAGUACUUCUAUAAGGCGAGGGGGGUUAGGAUUGAUUAAGACUCCAACCGUUGGAAAUUAUACCAAGGAGAUUGAGUUGCACGACAAUAAAUUAUCUGAGCUACCAGAGAACCCUAAGUGCCAGACUCUCAGAAAACUAUGGUUACAAAACAACUGCGAUCUGAUGGAAAUUCCUCUAUUGUUCUUUGAAGACAUGCCUCUUCUAGUCCGUUUAGACUUAUCCCACACCAACAUAAAGUCCUUGCCACCUUCUAUUUCCAGAUUGGUGUCACUUCAGGAGUUCUUUUUGAGAGGCUGUGAACUUCUCAAUGAGCUGCCACCCCAUAUUGGAGCACUCCGGAAACUUGAGGUUUUUGAUCUCGAAGGAACUGAAAUUAUGUAUUUGCCCAGCGAAAUCGGUGAAUUAAUCAGUUUGAGACGCUUCAAGGUAUCUCUUUGUAGACGUGCAAACUACUAUGGAGAAACAAAGCAGACAGGCAUUGCAAUCCCGACAGAGGUGAUAUCAUUAUUCCCUCAAUUGGAAGAACUAAGCAUUGAUGUGAGCCCAGAUGGUGAGUGGUGGGAUGAUGACGUAAACCCAGAUAGUGAAUGGUGGGAUGCUAAUGUGAAGGCUAUAAUAAAUGCACUGAGUAGCUCGAACGAGCUGAGGAUCCUCAAGUUAUAUCUCCCAUCAGUUGAAUUAUUGCAGCAACUUAUAUAUGAGCGCAAAAAAUUCAUGUUUCUGAAUUUAUCUGAUUUUAGAUUCAUUGUUGGUCGUUGUCAACAGCGCAACAUAUAUCGUCUGCCAAAUGGAGUUGAGGAGAGAUACUAUAUAUGGGAGGAGAAAUUUAAGAAAAGCCUUAAGUACAUAAAUGGUGAAGGCAUGCCAAGUGAUGUUACUGAGGCACUCAAGCAUGCUUCUGUGCUUUUCCUGGACCGGCAUUGGACUGUCAAGGUCUUGUCUGAAUUUGGGCAUGAAAAUUUGGCUAAACUGAGAAGUUGCUUGCUUGUGGAAUGUAAUGAGCUUCAAACCAUAGUUGACGGAGACUAUGAAUGUCUGAAUGAAUCUAUAUUUGACUGCUUACACCACUUGAGUAUUCACUACAUGAAGAACUUAGAGAGCAUUUGGCAAGGCUCAAUUCCUAAGGAUUCACUAUUCAGUCUAAGGUCCUUGACAUUGCACACUUGCCCAAAGUUGAUCACCAUUUUCACGCCAGAUAUGCUUGGUAACCUCUUUUCCUUGGAAGAGCUAAUAGUGGAAGACUGCCCCAAAAUUCACAGUAUAGUGACUCAAGAAGAUGAAAAUGUGCAAUCGGGUUGUUUUUUGAAAUGCUUGAGGAAGAUAGCACUCCUUGACCUACCUCAAUUGGUUACCAUUUCAGGCCCUCUAUGCCUUGCUGAAGAAGUGGAUAGUCUUUUCGUUUAUAAUUGUUCGAUGCUCAAAAGUUUGGAUACUGCGGAAUCAUCUCCAAAAUACCGCAAGAUCGUUGGAGAGAAGGAAUGGUGGGACUCAUUAAAGUGGUAUGAUUCCAAAUGGAGCAGAAUGAGUCAGCCAGCUUUUGAGGAACUUAGAACAGAUGAAGAUUUCAUGGAUCAAUUGGUAAGAGAUAUAUACUCGCCGAUGGACUUUGAUUCCAAAUGGAGCAGUAUGACUCAACCCGCUUUUGAUGAACUUAGAACAGAUGAAGAUUUCAUGGAUCAAUUGGUAAAAGAUAUAUAUUCGCCGAUGGACUUUGAUUCCGAAUGGAGCAGUAUGAGUAUGACUCAGCCAACAUCUCCUAAAAGCAUUGAGGGUCUUGAGUCCAGAACACUUUCCUUUACUGAAAAAGAAAGCAUCGGUACCACUGAAUCCUACCAAGACAUGCUUCAUUUACAGAGGCGGAGGCAUAUGGACACAACGGGGGGCGGCCACGAGCUGUCAUGUAGGACUAGGUAUAAUUUUUUAUCUCAUUUUUACUAA